GGGAUCAGACAUGAGAUGGGAAACCCAGGGACCUUACAAAACAAGCUUCAGUAGUGAGCGAUGGAAAGAUACGUCCUUCAAAGAAAUAAAGGAAUCUGUCACACAAAAAUGGAACACUCAUCCCCUUUCCUUUCAGUUACAAAGUUCCUGAGGUCCCCAGAACAUCCCUCCUCCUGAUGCUGCACACCUCUGAUUGGCCACCCUCAGCAGAGUUCAGACGAGCCAUAAGGAACCACACCACUGUCACCGAGUUUGUCCUGCUGGGACUCUCAGAUGCCUGUGAGUUGCAGAUGCUCAUCUUCCUGGGGCUGCUCCUGACCUACCUCCUCACUCUGCUGGGGAAUCUCCUCAUCGUGGGCAUCACCCUCGUGGACAGGCGCCUCCACACCCCCAUGUACUACUUCCUCCGCAACUUUGCUGUCCUGGAGAUCUGGUUCACCUCGGUCAUCUUCCCCAAGAUGCUGACCAACAUCCUGACUGGAUACAAGACCAUCUCUCUCCCAGGCUGUUUCCUACAAAGUUUCCUCUAUUUCUCCCUGGGCACCACAGAGUUCUUCCUGCUGGCAGUGAUGUCCUUUGACAGGUAUGUGGCCAUAUGUAACCCCUUACGUUAUGCAACCAUCAUGAGCAAAAGGGUCUGUAUAGAGCUGGUUCUUUGUUCAUGGAUGGCAGGAUUCCUUCUCAUUGUCUUUCCAAGUUCCAUCAUACUUCAGCAGCCAUUUUGUGGCCCCAAUGUCAUUAACCAUUUCUUUUGUGACAACUUUCCACUCCUGGAACUCAUAUGUGCAGACACGAGUCUGAUAGAACUUCUGUGUUUUAUUGCGGCCAACUUCAGUUUGCUGGGCACUCUGUCCGUGACGGCCACCUGCUACGGCCACAUCCUCCACACCAUCCUGCGCAUCCCCUCGGCCAAGGAGAGGCAGAAAGCCUUCUCAACCUGCUCCUCCCACAUCAUUGUUGUGUCUCUCUUCUAUGGCAGCUGCAUCUUCAUGUACAUCCAGUCAGGCAAGGGAAAUGAAGGGGAGGACAGGAACAAGGUGGUGGCCUUGCUCAACACCGUGGUGACCCCGAUGCUCAAUCCCUUCAUCUACACCUUGCGGAACAAGCAGGUGAAGCAGGUGUUUAAGGAGCAGGUAAACAAGCUCUUCUUAUAAACCUGUGGAAUUAAGAGGCUGAAACUAAUAUUCCCAGGAAGGCUAACACGAUUCAGGCCCCUGCCAGAAAUGGAGACUUUCCCACUUAGAAAAUUCUCUGCCGCCAUGUUUCUGGGGUGCCAGUCACUAUGCAACUCAGCAUAAACUCAUAAGCUCUCUAGACCCCCAAAGCAUUUUUAUUAAUUAUCAGAUUUGAAUUAUUCUCUUCAUUCCAUCUGUGUCUGCCUGGCUUCCCAACAGAAUAUAAAGAGCUCUUUGGGAGCAGGUCCCAGCUCUGUAAUUCACCACAAGCCUCAAGCACCAACCCAUUGUCAUUGACCAUAUAAAUACUCAAAAAGUACUUGCACCCUAACUGGUUCUUUGGGGUCUGUUGCUCCAACACCCUCAGAGGAGAGGGUGC